AUUUUUCCCAUUAUUUUUUAGGAUCCUGUGGAAUACAAGUUACCAAACUCAUUCCCCUUUCACCUCCUUGUAAGUUUACAAUAACAUUUUUAACCGCCUCGUACGAAUCCGUAGACCAAAUCAUGCUCAACACCAUUCUCAACGAGAAAAAACACAAGAAAAGCAUGCAACAAAGUCCAACGCAUUCUGGUCUCCUCUUCAGUCUCCAAACACAUUCCUACAUCCGCAACGAAAACACAUUCCAAAAAUGUUAAUUUACAGAUUCAAGAUACACAACAUAAUUUUCUUACCAAACUGGCUCCAAAGACCAAACCCAAGAAAAAUACAAAGGUCCACGGAUUCCUCAACAACAGAGAUCCUGAAGAAACAUCAUCCUGAAUAAUCGUCCUGAAGAACCAUUAUCUUGAAGGACCAUCAUCCUAUAGAAUUAUCCAGAGGAACCAUCAUCCUACAGAAUCAUCGUCUUGAAGAGCCUUCAUUCUGAAGAAUAAUCAUUUGAAAGUACAAUCAUCCUAAUGAACCAUUAUCCAGAGGAACCUUCACCUUGAAUAACGAUCAUCCUGAAGAAUACUCAUCCUACAGAAUCAUCGCUCCGAAGAGCCAUCAUCCUAAAGAAUAAUCAUCUGAAAGAACAAUCAUCCUGAAGAAUAAUCUUAAAGAGCAAUAAUCCUGAAGAACCAUGCUGAGGACAUUCGUCAGCGUUACCACGAUCCUUCAGGAGGCCUGAGGUGCCCCAAAGGUAGGGCCCAAGCGUAAGGUGUGUGCGCCACUGCGAACUUGAAAGAUGGAACGUCGAGGCCCGACGAGGGAAGGGGCCUAGCUGCUCGAGGGGGAGGGCACCGGGCACUCGGAAGGCACGUAUGUCAGGGAGGGCAGCGUUCAGAAAAGGCUCCAUGCGAGUCGGCAGGCGUCGCGCAUACCGAUCCGUUGUCUGUCGCGGUAUCGGUAUAUCCGCGGGUAAAGUGAUGCGUUCGCGGGAAGCCGAUUCCCGUCGCGAGAAACCGUGCGUCGUCCGGUAGUUCCACGGGGAUAACCGUCCAGCGAGGAGAACAAAAGGCGGAGGUACCAACAAGUCGGAUCAUGGAGGAGCAGUAUCGUCACCUUGACUCGGCGAGGCUCGGUUGAAAGCUCAUCCUGAAUACCGGCGAUACCGCGAACCAUGGGCUCAGAGGCGUGGGAGCUUGAACGGAGGUACUCGGUACCUGGAGCCUUGGACACCAGGGGCUUGGAACCACCGGCCAGCGAAGACCUCCACGCAUGGUCCAUUUACAGGCAAAACCUGAAUUCGGACUUCACCGAUUCAGCGCUGGGGUCCGCGGAGAAGUCACCCCUUCCGUACGGCAACUUCCAGCUGCGUGACUCGACGGUGCAGAGUAUACUGAGACACCCCAGGUACGGGCCGAAGAGCCCGUUGGCCAGCAACUCCUACACCUACCUGAAGUUUGGCCUCCCGCGGGUUUUGCCUCCCAGCGCACGGAACCGCGACGGCUCCAGUGGCUACGACUCCAGCGAGGAAGGUCGACGAGUGUCCCACACUGGUACCUCCGGCCAUGGAACCUCGGCCAUGCGAUCAGCCAGAAGCGACCCCGACUUCAGGCACGUUCACGCCGUGCCUAGAGAGUACGUGCACUCUCAGUUAACGGUUUCCAGGGAGAAUCCACGGCUAAGAAGUGCCAGUGAAGCGAACCUACUUCAAGGUGGCAUCAGGGGCAACCGGAGGCACAGCAUAGCCCCUAUAGAUCCUGGCUAUGGGGUUCAUGAACCUAGAAGUCAUGGAAUCCUGGGACCAGAGAGUUACAACCUGCCUUUGAGGCCUGUACCCUGCCUCCAGCAUCCCCACCUUCAGCUACGCGGUGUAGAAGCUUCCGGAUCCGACGGAUUACCUCUUCUGCGCGGGAUCACCCUUGAAGCCGGUGCUACGGAGAUCCUAGCCAUCAUGGCGACCACUGAAAAAGAGGGGAAGCAUAUAGUGGAGACUGUGGCUGGUCGGAAACGGAUCAAGCGCGGGGACAUCCUGCUGAAUGGGAAAUCCGUGUCCUCGCGGUCCUUGAGGUCUCGUGUCGCCUACUUGUCAACGGAGAGUGGACUCAGCCCUGGCUUAACUGCUCAACAGACGCUCAACUUCUACAUGCUGUUGAAGGGUGGUCCAAACACGUCUAAGUUAGAGGCCGACGCGAUUCUUCAAGAACUCGGGUUGGAGGCGACUAAGCAUUGCCUGGUGAACUCGUUGACGACUUCUGAGGCCAGGAGACUCGCUCUGGCCUGCCGUUUGUUGCAAGACUCCCAUAUCCUAGCGUUGGACAGACCCACGCACGGUCUGGACAUCUUUGACGCGUUCUUCCUGGUGGAAUACUUGAGGCAAUGGGCCAACAGAGGACAGAGGCUCGUGGUCUUGACGCUGCACCCGCCGACCUAUGAAAUCCUGACGAUGGUGUCGAAGGUCGCACUCACUUCCGGCGGCAGAAUUAUGUACUCUGGUCCCAGACGGGAUAUGUUGCCAUAUUUUGCGCUCGCGGAGUUCCCCUGUCCUCCUUUCAAAAACCCUUCCGACUAUUAUCUGGAUCUAGUGACUUUGGAUGACUUGUCGGCUGAAGCUAUGCUGGAGUCCUCGCAGAGGAUAGACCACUUGGCUGAGCUAGCCAGGACGAGGCUACCUCCACUUACUGAUCCUGGACCGCCUGGUGCACUUCCACCCUCCAUUUCCAGCCCUAACGUAUUCAUGCAAAUCUACGCGUUGCUAUUGAGGACGUUGAUCUACAGUCAGCCCUGGACGCUAACCAGACUCUUGCGGAAGAUCGUCGUCUCGGCGUCGCUCAGUAUUUUACUCGGUGCAAUAUUUUGGGAUGUAGCUGGGGACUCGAACCUGCACUUGAGAGACAGAGUAGGCUUCCAUUACGCCAGUCUGGGUGUCUUCUUCUGGCCAUUAUGUAUGAUAGCCAUCUGCGAAGUGGCUGACUGUAGGCCAAACGUAGAGAGAGACAUCAAAGAUGGCUUGUAUGGUAGAUUCAUUUACAUUGUGACAGAGCUGGUUUGCGGAGCAGUGUCUUGGUGCAUAGUUUAUCUGAUCUAUCUGGCUCCUGGUUAUGCAAUGUCUGGGCUUCACCUUGUGCCUGAUGAGACUCUGACGUCUCUUUGGAACUACCUUAGCAUUGGCUUGAUGUAUCUAAUCCUGCAGCACUUUAUUUGUAUACUGUUCGCUCACACAUGUAAGUGGACGUAUCUGGCUUCCCUGUUUUCUGGAAUUGUGAUAGGGGAAAUAACUUUGGCUGGUGGAGUGUCUCUGCACUUGGAGAAUCUGCCAGGCUGGUAUCAGAAGAUCAGUCCAAUGCAGUGGACCCUGUCUUUGUUGUUGCCUCCCCUCCAUCAGUCUGAGAUCAUGAGCAAACUAACAAACUGCAAACCAAAACAAAUUCAGAGGCAGGAUAUUAUUGUUCAAGCUGCCUGUGAACCACCAGACGGUGCUCUAGCAUUAUACGAGAUUGCUUUGGACAAGUUCAACGUACAAGGAGAGUUGUGGUUGGGAAUAGGAAUAGCCAUAGUUAGUGUACUGAUAAUUAUAGUGUUUCUGUGCAUCAGGUAUACCACCCCGAAAAGACUUAGAAGCGCGCCAAACAAGCCAUAGAGUGCAACAACGAGUUAAAUUAACAGACACAUCUAUAUUGAACAUACAUAAUCCAUUCAAGUCUCACGGGAUAUCCUUGUUUCUUGUAGAUGUAACCAACUAGCAAAGUACCUUCACAAUGUUGCAAUCUCUCGAGUACGAUAAGAAGUAUUGUUUAAUGGAUAUACUUAUUUGCUUCACUAUCGAAUGUAUACUUCUGUAUUGUAUCAUGCUCAUUGGU